GAAGGCUUUGGUGCUACUGCUGGGCCAGUGUGUAGUAGCAUUAAGAAUGAGAGAGGUAUAUCUGAUUGUCUACUGGACACCUUCCUCUGGGUAAACCCAGAACUUUCUCUCAAGACUCUCACCUUCCUCAGCCCACUUCUCAACUGCCACUGCUUCACCCAUCCUUGGAUUUCCCUAAAUCUGUCUCUGUGCGGAGAUAAGAGACUAACGCCCAGAAACUAUAACUUCCAGAAUCCUUUGCGUGCGUACAGGGGGCGGGGAUUUGGGCGUCGCUUAAGGGAUGAGAUGGCCGAAUCCUCGGGGUCUCCGCACCGCUUAUUGUACAAGCAGGUGGGCUCGCCCCCGUGGAAAGAAACUUUCAGGCAGGGAUGUCUUGAGAGGAUGAGAAACAGCCGGCACAAGCUCCUGAACAGGUACCGCCAGGCUGCAGGUAGCACACUGGGGACAGCCUCAGACAGACUUCUUGUGCAAGAAGUAAUGGAGGAAGAGUGGAAUUCUUUGCAGUCUGUAGAGAACUGUCCAGAGGCCUUGCUUCAGUUGGAAUUGCCACUGAACCUAGCUGUGCUGCAGGACAUCGAACAGGAGCUGUGGAAUGAAGAAAAGUCCAUCAUAAGUGAGUACGAGAAGGGCUUACAGUUUGAUGAAAGUUGUCUCAACAGCAUGUUGGCGGAGUGGGAAGCAAACCCCCUCAUCUGUCCUGUGUGUAUAAAGUACAACCUGAGAAUUAUGAACAGUGUGGUCACGUGUCCGUGUGGCCUGCACAUCCCAUCUCACUCAACAGACCUGACAGAGCAGAAGCUUCGGGCCUGUUUGGAAGGAAAUGUGAACGAGCACAGUGCACACUGUCCCCACAUCCCUGAAUUUUCAGUCACCGGUGGAACAGAAGAAAAGCCUAGUCUUCUGAUGAGCUGCCUGGCUUGUGACACUUGGGCUGUGAUCCUCUAGUCCUGACCUCAUGGCUGAAAACAACUCAUUUCCUAAGAGGGCCUUUUGUAUAUAACUGAUUUUAUAUUAAAACUUUUCAAACA